GUUUUCCACAGAGGCUACCAGCUGACAGAGGAUGAAUUAGAGAAAAAGGAUCAUUGAUCUCGUCACGUUUGAGCUCACAGGCAGUGAAGGAAACAAAACUCAGAAAAGAGACAAACUGCUGGAGGAAAAUCAUUCAUCUGACAGCAAAGAUGCAGUGGAGUCUGAUUCUGCUCUUCCUGAUGGCUCAGUGUUGCUUCAUUGACUGUCAGCUCUAUCAGUUUCACUACAUUAAUCAGAAUAAGACCUGGACUGAAGCUCAGCAGUACUGCAGAGAGAAUCACACUGACCUGGUCACAGUGACUAACAUGAAGGACAUGGAGAGACUCAAGAUCUCAGCUGGAGGUCAGAGUGGAGCUUGGAUUGGUCUGAUCAGUAAACCAGAAUUUACCAGAACAUGGUACUGGUCUCUGACUGGAGUGGAGUUCAAUGAAAGUGAGACAAACUGGAACCAAGGAGAACCAAGUGAUAAAGAAAUUCAAGGUCCUGAGAACUGUGGGGCUGUGCUUCAAAAUCUCAAAUGGAAUGAUAUGAGUUGCUAUUGGCCUCAAUAUUUUCUCUGUUAUGAUGAAACUAAUACAACCCAUAAAUAUCAGCUGAUUAAAGAGAAUAAGACCUGGCAGGAAGCUCAGAGUUACUGCAGAGAGAAACACACAGACCUGAUCAGUGGAACGAAGCAACUAGAGGAUGAAGAAGUGAAGAAAUUGAUUAACUUUGUUUUCAGAUACCUAUAUAUUGGUCUGUCUAGAGACAAUUGGAAGUGGUCAGAUGGAAGCAGUUUCUCUUUCAGACACUGGAAUAAUAAAUUAAACAAUCCAGAAUCUGUCAGAGAUCUUUGUGCCAAGAUUGAUGAUGGAGGCAGAUGGAAGAAUGAGAACUGUGAUGAAAGAAAACCCUUCAUCUGUUAUGAUGAUAAAGUGAUCCUGAUCAAAGAGAAUAAAACCUGGGAGGAAGCCUUGACCUACUGCAGAGAUCAUCACCAUGACCUGGUCACCAUCACCAACAUGGAUGAUCAGAGAUGGAUCCAGGAGAAAGUCAAGAAAGCAUCGACUGAUUAUGUCUGGACGGGUCUGCGCUACACCAACACUCUGGAUUUCUGGUUCUGGGUCAGUGAUGAGGUGGUCAUCUAUAAGAACUGGGCCGAAGGUGAACCGAUGGACGACUGUGACAUGUCUGGAGCCAUGGAGACGAGAGGAAAACAUCAGUGGCUGGGAAAAAACGACGGUGAGACGUUUAAUUUCAUCUGUUCUAAAUAUUGAGACCUAAACUUUUGGCUUUUGAUUGUUUUGUGCCCAAAGUUACAUUUGAAGUUUCAAAAUUAUAUUUUGGAUUAUGUGAAGUAAAUAUUAUUGGGUUAUUUGUUUGAAGGACUAAAUCUAUCUUUGAGCUCUUUUUAUUUGUUGUUUGGCUGCAACUUACUUAUACAUUUGUACAAACAUAUUAAUGAUUAUAUAAAAAAUACAACUGAUUAAUUGUUAUUGUAAAACCAAUAAUUCUACAAUCAUUGUACAUGGAGAUUCUGUUGUUCUUGUAUCUUUUAAUUCAACAUCUAUUCUUAUCUAUACUAACAGAACAUAGUUUGCAUUUUAUUCACUUUGAUCAGUUAUUAUAUUACAUCCAGCUCUCUAUAAGUAAUCAAUAAGUGUGUGGUGGGUUAACUGGAACUUGUUUAUUGUUUAAAUAAAUCCUGACAGGUUGUGUAAUCUUGUUUUAGCUGUUAAGUAAGAAAAAUGCUGUUCAGUUUAUUAUCACUGUUUUAAAUGGAUUUACUGUCAUAUUCAUACUUUACUGUAACAUUGUUAUAAAAUAAUAAAAGCUGUUGAGUCUGAA